UUUGUUGUAUUGUAAAGGAAUAGGAUAAUAUGGAGGCGUACAUGGAGGAUUGUAAAGAUUUGGCUUCUCAAUUGAAGCAGCAAGAUAAAGAACUUAGGCUCAAGAGAAGGUGGUUAAUGGACUUGGAUUUGUCUGAAAGAGAGCAAAAAAAGAUGGACAGACUCAAACCUCCCGGUGAUAUGAGUUUACCUGAAUCAUUGCUUAGAGAAGAUGAUUUACAUUAUGAGAACAUUCGAACUUCUGUUGCAAAGGCAUUUGGAGUGCAUAAGGGUGAAAGGACAUAUCAUGGUGCACCAGGGACAUUGCUCUCCAAUUCAGCUGAGAAUUUGAGAGGCAUAUAUUCCAUGCUUGAUAAGAUGAACAACAAGGGGUUAUGCUGUAUUGCGGAGACUGUAACUGGCGGCUCAAUUACUUUUGAGAAAACCAAUUGGCAAAUGAGAAGGACAAUCAGGCAGUUUCUUCCCAAAAUUCUCCAUAAGCAUGAUGAUUCCAGUCAAAGUCGAAUUAAACAAAUUUCUCAACUCCUCAAAGAUCCUCAAAACUUUCGUGUUAAUCAUGGGGCUUCUUGUUCUACCUCAGAAUCCUUUCGCAUUUCUGCUAUUUAUGUUCUGGAUAGACUUGAGGAGUUGUCUCUUCUAACUUUGAGUAAAAUGCAUAGGAAUCUGAGGAAUGUCACAGGUUACAUCCCUUUACUGCAGCCUCCUAGAAUAUGUUGGAGUAUUGGAAGUUUAGUUGAACAAAUCCGGAGGACUUCAUUAGAAAUGUUAUCAGACUAUGAAGAAGGGGAUGAACCACCAGAACCCCUGGCUAAGGCUUUGUCCGUAGCAGCCUUAAUGCUAAAACCAGAACUUGAUUAUUGUCUCUCUCCGAGUUUUUUCCAAAAACUUUCACCAGAUGUAGAAGCAUUGCAGAAUGAUAUAGCAAAAGCAAUCAGGAUUCUAGAUGAUAAAACCAAAGUGAGUUUUGCAGAGCUGGGAAAUUUGCCUCUUGUGCUGGAUUCUAAUAAUAAAGCUGCCAGAGAAAGUGUUCGUUUGCGUGUGAACGUGAAGAAAAUGUUGACUGAAUAUCUUCUUGAAUGCAGCGACUUGGAGUCUAUCCCUGAAAGUUUAAUAGAAAGUCUAGCAAUAAUUAACAAAACAUAUAGGCAUGAAUAUAGCAAAACCUACUCAAACAAGGAGGUAGAGGAAGAAAUAGAACGUGUGCUGACUAUUAGUGCUCAGAUAAAACAAAUUGUUUGGGAUUCACUCACUGAAUGUGAUGUCAGUGAAGAUUUUGCAAAUGCUUACAUGGAGAAUGCAGAGGAUAGUUAUUAUGAAGGUGGUGAUGAAGAUGAACAUCUUUAUGAUCUUCCUCAGAAUUGCAAGUCUGAUCCUAAUGUCUCAUACAGCCAAGCAGAAAGUGUUGGCGAGAUAAACCAAAGUGAUUUUCAGUCACCAAUCACUGCUAGUCGAGAUGAUGGUUUAUCUUCUCUGCUUUCACCCAAACACAAGUUGAGCGUCAAGAUUGAGUCAAUGUAUACCGAUGGAGUAGAUUCAAUUCAUUCCAAUUGGUUUGACAAUUCCUCAUCAUUCUUAGAAUCAAAAGCUUCUGAAGUCACAAGGAGUAUGAGUGGUAAAGAUAGCCAUUUAAGAAGCAUAGGCCAUCAAGAAGGAAGGGAUUCAUGCUCAUCUUUUUCAACCAGAGAUCAAAAUAGUUUUGCUACACAUUUCUCACCUAAUGAAGUAUCAGGCAGGAAUGAUAUGGAGGAAAAAGUAACUGUCGGGGACUUGGGAUGCACACCACCAAAAUUUACAUCGACAAAGUGUUCAGAAGAAAAAAGACAAAACUUGAGUAGAAAUCAGUAUCUUCUUAUCCAGGAAGGUUCUGAUGAAACAAGUAUGGUUGCUUAUAGUCUUGUCGGCUGUAUUUUGAAUAAGUUUGCUCAGAUGGAUGGGUUACAGUUAUCUGAGGACGAUGUAUCAUAUCUCCAAGGCAACACUUCAGAUCCCAAAAUUUUUGAAGUUCUCAAGAACAGGCGAAGUUCUUGUGAUGAGACCACUAAUUCCAUUAUGCUCCAUGCUCUUGAAGAGAUAAUUCCUUCUUUUGCAAACAGUAGUAAAGAACAACUGAAGGAGUUGUUGGGUGUGAAGUAGGGUCUGAAGCCUCAAGACUUUGAUUGGAGCAUAGCUCAAGAUCUCAAUUACGUAGAGGCUUUGCUAGAUUUAGUCGGGGACGAUAUCUAGCAAG